AUGCAAGAAGUUGAGAUCGCUCCCCGAGAUGUUUUCCUUCACUAUAUUACCGUUCCCAAAGGCAAAACCAUGUUAUGGUGGUUUUCGACAAAAAAGAAAAAUAUUUCGUUUGGGUUAUAUCAACGAAAAGGUCUAACUGUAUCGAAAGGAAAUGUUUUUAUUGCAAGUCCUAUUGAUAAUCGUAACUUACAAAGUUCAAGCGAUAGUGGACAUUUAUCACCUAUUUCUUUGAAAGUUCAAACUCCCAUUCGAACACCAGGUGUAUCUAGCAUAAAGAGUAGAAAUUCUUUCGAAACAAAUGAUACCGACGAAAAUGAAGAAUUUCAUGGAGAUGACGCGAAUGAUUCAAGUUAUGUGCGUAUUGAUUCAAGUGCUGCUUCGGCACAUUCCCUUAGUCCUGUGACAAAUCGCGGACGCAAAAAAUCAGCAUCUGCACAAAUAAUUAAUGAUCCUGAUUUGAAAGAAAUUUUGCCUAUCGAACAUUACAAUUCUUCUACCACCACUAUUAAAGGAAGUUAUCAAGUAACUGAAGAAGGAACUUAUUGUUUGUGUUUUGAUAAUUCGUUUUCAAGAAAUACUUCAAAAUCUUUGACAUUCUUUGUGGCGCUUAAAGAUGGACCAGAAGAUGAACAAGUUGAAUCACAACCUGAAAUUUCUGGUUGGUUAUUAAAGAAGAAAAGAAAAAAAAUGCAAGGAUGGGCAAAACGUUGGGUUCAAAUUGACGAUGGAAUACUUUCUUACUUUCAACAUCCUCAUGGACCUUGCCGUGGCACGAUACAUAUUGUCCUUUCUACUGUUUCAUCAAAUCAACAAUUUCGUUCUAUACAUUUAGAUUCUGGAACUGCUACUUAUCACAUGAAAGCACUUACAAAUGAACAAUUUGAUGAAUGGAUGACGGUUAUUCGUAAAUAUGUUAAUAUUUCAAAAGAAAGACAACUUCAUGAUCCUGAUUACACCAGAACAUCUUCCCGACAAUCAGGAGAUUUUGAAAGACGUCAGAGUUUAUAUUUUAAACGUCAAAGCCUAUUGGAAAAACGUCAUAGUAUAAAAAAUGAUCCGCAAAUAUUUAUACGUCAAAAUAAAUUGGACGAAGACAUUGGAAAGAUUUAUGAGACAUUUAAUGGUAUGGACAAUGGAUUUAGGACCUUAAAUGAACUUUUGGAUAAUCUAAAAAGUGUAACAGAAAUUCCGCCUGCUCCAAUUCAAACCAAGCCCCAUCCAACAGCUGAAGGAAAAUUUAGAAUAAAAUUCUCAUUACCAAGAGGAAAUACUCCUCCACCUGAAUCUAGUACACCCCCAAACGCAUUGCAUAUGCCAUUAGAACAAAUUUAUGAAAAAUUAUGUGCAACAAUCGAAAGUAUUAAAAAAGACAAGGUAAAAACAUUUACCUUAUUACAAGCCGAGAUUGAAAAGUGGAAAGGAAUUGAUCAUGCAUAUAGUAAACUUGUAACAGAGAAUGCAGAAUUACGCAAAGCACUUGCUGAAGCUGGUAGCUUUGAUGAAAGUCUUGAAAAUGGAAAUAAUAUUAAAGAUUUUGAAGAAAGAUUAAGUAACCGUUCGCAAUCUAUGAGUUCAGCGAAUACUAUUCCGGAUGUAUUUUUUGAUGCCGAAGAUAUUGUUUUAACUGGAGAUCCUUCAACAACAGAUAGUGAUGCAGAUAUUGAUGUUAGUGAUGAAGGAAGUGAGAUGGAUUCUUCUUUAACGGAAAACUCAGUAGUUGAAAAAGAAGAACAAGAGAUUGUAGCUUCACCUGUAGGGAUUGAAUCGAAUGAUACCAAACUAUUUUCAACUGUUCGAAGAAGAAAAAUUUUACCUUCACCAAUUUGUGGGGAUGAAGUCAGUUUGCUUUCCAUUCUAAAAAAGAAUGUAGGGAAAGAUUUGGCAACUAUUGCAAUGCCUAUUUCUCUUAAUGAACCUAUAAAUUUGCUACAAAAACUGGCAGAAGACUUGGAGUAUAGCGAGUUACUUGAUAAAGCGGCUUCUCUAGAUGACUCAUUGAUGAGAUUAAUAUAUGUAUCAGCAUUUGCAGUUUCAGGGUAUGCAUCCACAUUUUAUCGAUCAAGUCGAAAACCAUUUAAUCCACUUCAUGGUGAAACUUAUGAAUUAAUUCGAUACAAAUAUAUUUCCGAGAAAGUUAGUCAUUAUCCACCUAUAAUGGCAUGUUACGCAGAGUCAGAAAAUUGGUCAUUUUCGCAAGAUUCUAAAGUGAAAAGUAAAUUUUGGGGUAAAUCGAUGGAACUUAUACCAUCUGGUACAGUACGUUUGUCAAUUCCAAAAUACAAUGAUCAGUAUACAUUUUCCAAACCAUCCACAUGGAUGCGAAAUAUGAUUUCGGGAACAAAAUAUUUGGAACACGCUGGGACAAUGAAAAUCCAGAAUCAAACAACCGGCGAAGCAUGUGAAAUUACUUUUAAUCAAAGUGGACUUUUCAGUAGUGGACCCAAGAGUGAUAUUGUUGGAAUAUUGUAUUAUAAAAAUGGAAAAAAAAGUGGAAAGUUAGUGGGAAGAUGGAAUGAAAUAGUUUUCCAUGAAAUAGGACCAAAUCAAUUAAAUGUCAUUUGGAAAGCUAGUCCUCCUAUACCUGAUCAUGAACAAUAUUAUGGAUUCACUCAAUUUUGUGUAGAAUUAAAUGAAUUGACACCUGAUAAUUUAGAAUAUUCACCUAAUACUGAUACACGAUUUAGACCAGAUCAAAGAUUAUUUGAAGAGGGUAAAUUGGCAGAAGCAGAAGCAGAAAAGAUAAGGAUAGAACAGAAACAAAGAGACUUUCGGAAAGAACUUGAAUCAAAGGGUGAAGUAUGGACACCUCAAUGGUUUAAAUUAGAAAAUGAUGAAUGGGUGUAUAAAGGUGGUUAUUGGGAAACAAGAGAAAAAAAACAAUUUGUAAAAAAAAUUGAAUUAUGGUGA